AACCUCACUGUCCAGGAGGAGAAAGCCAACGUGUUUGUGGGGCAAGUCACGGUAAGCACUUCUAAUGGGUUAAAGAUGCACACAGUGUAGUAGUAUGUUGUUAGAGUUCACCUUGAGUGUGAAUACGAAGAAAAAAAUAAUAUUGCUUUCACCUGCCAUUUCCUGGUAUUUCCCUUCUUUCCACAUCCAUACCUGGAACGUCUUUACUGAGCAGGUAUUUUUAUAGCUUCACCGACCCCAGCUACUCCCAAAGUUCCACAAGUGUCCACAGCAACGUAUGUGGUGAUAACUUCAACAUGAUUGGCUGAUCUUUCACCCAAGGUGACGUCCCUUAUGACUGGUUCAGUUCAGCUCCGUCAGGCAGCAAGGUUUUUCUAAUUACUGUUUUAGAUUAAUUGGGCUGGGGCUUUGUCAGAUAAAUAAUCAGAGAAUAAUACAUCCAGACUUUUUGUGUGAGCGUGUGUGGUGUGUGGCGGCGCGAUGGGAGGACCGCGGCGCAGCAUUUGUUUUGUUACCUCCAUGUCUUGCCUUGAUUAGGAGGACUUAGGGAAAUGCUCUAAUUGACUGGAAUACAAUGCUUUGAUGAAAGAUCAACAAACAUUUUUUUAGUUGGGAUCAAAAUUAUUAGUAACGUCAGAACUUUGGUUUGGGCUGUGCUCUGAUAAGUUAUAGCACAUAAAGAGCUAAAGCACAAAUUCCACCACUUUUCAACCUCAUUUUCAUUUUCUCCAGCCACUUGGGGUUCUAUUUUGGGAGCAAUGUGCGUCUACCGAGCUAUCAUCACCUCCACAAUAAACAAUCACACACAAAGACAUGGGGGGGCAGAGGGAAUACUUAUACAGAUACUGAUGAGGGGGAUAUGAACCAGGUGUGUCAAAUGGAAUGAUGAGAUGCGGAGCGGCAGUGGCUAGAAGGCCGGUGACGAUGAACGCCGAAGCCUGCCCGAACAAGGAGAGAAGGCACUUCGGAGGAAGUCGUGACAGUACACCCCCCUUGAUGCGCAGCUCAAGCAGUGCGCCGACACCGGCCUCGGGGACGGCCAGGAGGACCCGGAGCAGGGCGAGCCGGAUGGCGACGGUGGAAAUCCCGCAACAGGGAGGGAUCGAGGACAUCCCUCACUGGGACCCAGCACCGCUCCUCCGGACCGUACCCCUCCCACUCCACGAGGUACUGAAGGCCCCACACCCGACGCCUCGAAUCCAGGAUGGAACGGACAGAGUAUGCCGGGGCCCCUUCGAUGUCCAGAGGGGGCGGAGGGACCUCACGCACCUCAGACUCCUGUAGCGGACCAGCCACCACCGGCCUGAGGAGAGACACGUGAAACGAGGGGUUAAUACAGUAAUCAGGAGGGAGUAGUAACCUAUACAUAACCUUGUUUACUCUCCUCAGGACUUUGCCAGGACCGGCUGAUACCCUAAAACACAUUGAAAUUGAGAUAGGUUAGUGGAGGAGUGGCGGAGAGAGUUCUGGGCAUAUUCGGCCCAUGGCAAGAACACCGACCACUCCCCCGGCCGGUCCUGGCAGUAGGACUGCAGGAACCUACCCACAUCCUGAUUCAACGUUCCACCUGCCCAUUAGAUUCGGGGUGAAACCCAGAGGUCAGGCUGACCAAGACCCUCAGACAUUCCAUGAACGCCUUCCAGACCCUGGACGUAAACUGGGGACCCCGGUCAGACACUAUGUCCUCUGGCACCCCGUAGUGCCGGAAGACGUGAGUAAACAGGGCUCCGCAGUUUGCAGUGCUGUGGGGAGACCGGGCCGAGGAAGGAGACGGCAGGCUUUAGAAAAGUAGUCCACAACGACCAGGAUGGUAGUACCCUGAGAGAGGGGAAGAUCAGUUAGGAAGUCAAUUGAUAAGUGGUACCAUGGCCAUUGUGGAACUGGUAAGGGAUGUAACUUACCCACUGGAAGGUGCCUAGGUGCCUUACUCUGGGGCACACCGAGCAGGAGGAGACAUACACCCUCACGUCCUUAGCCAAGGUAGGCCACCAGUACUUCCCGGCCGAUGCCUGGGUGACCAGAGGAGGAGGACGUGUGUGCCCAAUAUAUAAGACGAUCACGGACAAUAGACGGCACGUACCGCAGCCCAGCUGGGCACUGAGGUGGAGAUGGCUCUGUGCGUAACGCCUGCUCUAUGUCCACGUCCACCGCCCACACUACCGGCGCCACAAUGCAGGAGGCCAGGAGUAUGGGGGUGUUGUCUAUGGGCCUCUCCUCUGUGUUGUACAGCCGUGACAGUGUGUCUGCCUUCACAUUCUUUGUGCCUGGUAGGUAGGACAGCGUGAAAUAAAACCGGGUAAAGAACAAGGCCCACCUGGCCUGGCGAGGGUUCAGCCUCCUCGCUGCCCGGAUGUACUCCAGGUUACGGUGGUCAGUCCAGACAAGGAAAGGGUGCUUAGCCCCCUCGAGCCAGUGCCUCCACGUGGUCAGGGCUCUGACAACAGCCAACAGCUCCCGAUCACCAAUGUCAUAGUUCUGCUCCGCCGGUCUGAGCUUCUUAGAGAAGAAGGCACAGGGGCGGAUUUUGGGUGGCGUGCCCGAGCAUUGGGAUAGGACAGUGCCUACCCCUACCUCGGAUGCAUCCACCUCCACUACGAACUGCAAUGAUGGAUCGGGAUGGGCCAGUACUGGGGCUGAGGUGAACAGAGCCUUCAGGUUACGGAAAGCCGUGUCAGCCUCAGCAGACCAGCAGAGCCGGGACGACCCACCCUUCAACAGAGAGGUGAUGGGUGCUGCAACCUUGCCAAAGCCCCGGAGAAACCUCCGAUAGUAAUUGGCAAAGCCAAUAAAGUGCUGCACCUCCUUUACCGUGGUUGGAGUCUGCCAAUUUUGCAUGGCUGAAAUGCGGUCUCCCUCCAUCUCCACACCUGAGGUGGUGAUGUGGUAUCUGAGGAAGGAGACGGACUGAUGGAAGAACAGACACUUUUCUGCCUUGGUAUAUAGGUCACGCUCCAACAGUCGGCCCAGCACUCUGCGAACCAGGGACACAUGCUCGGUGUGCGUAGCGGAAUACACCAGAAUGUCAUCGAUGUAGACCACCACACCACGACCAAGCAUGUCCCAAAACACCUCGUUCACAAAGCACUCGAAGACUGAUGGAGCAUUCAUCAACCCAUACGGCAUCACCAGGUAUUCAUAAUGCCCCGUGGUUGUGCUAAAUGCUGUCUUCCACUCGUCCCCUUCCCGGACAUGCACCAAGUGGUACGCACUCCUGAGAUCUAAUUUCGUGCUUUGAUUCGAUAACAGAGGAGAUGAGGGGUAGAGGGUAACUAUAGCGAAUGGUAGUUUUGAUUAAGUGCACAGUAAUCAAUGCAAGGGUGCAGACCUCCGUCUUUCUUCUUCACAAAAAAAAAACUUGAGGAGGUGGGUGAAGUGGAGGGACGUAUGAACCCCUCGCGCAGGGACUCGGAGAUGUAUGUCUCCAUAGCCUCCAUUUCAGCCUGUGACAGGGGAUAUACAUGACUCCUGGGCGGCACAGCGUCUAACCGGAGGUUUAUCGCGCAAUCCCCCGCACGAUGGGGUGGUAAUUUGGCCACCUGCAUUUUGGUGAAGUGCGCAGCAGAGGGCUCUGAACGAGUGUGGGUUUGCGCUACCUGGGGUGACGCGAGAGUGCCCUGCCUGCCGCCUCCAGACCCAGAAGAACUCUGACGACAGCGUGCAGCAGAAUGUCCUCACUUGCCACAAGAGUGACACUGGAUAUGUCGUCCUCCGUUCUCCCGGAUUGCUGCACCACCCAGCUCCAUUGGAACGUGAUGGGGUUGAAGGGGGGUGAAACGGGCAGGCCCCUUCCAGGACGUCCUCUCGCUGCCAGCAGGUUUUCCAACCGGAUGGCCAUGUCCACCAGUUGGUUGAAAGUCAACGUGGUAUCCCGGCAGGCUAGCUCCCUUCGGACAUCCUCACGCAGGCUGCAUCGGAAGUGAUCGAUGAGGGCCCGCUCGUUCCACCCGGACCCAGCCGCUAGAGUACUAAACUCCAGGGCAAAGUCUUGCGCUGUCCUCGUCCCCUGCCUCAGAUGGACAAGACGAAUGCCCUGUAGUUGUCCAACGCGUCUCCUCCUUCACUCCAGACCGCGUUGGCCCACUCCAGGGCUUUCCCCGAGAGGCACGAGACGAGGGCGGACACGUUCUCCUGCUCCGAUGGAGCUGGGCUGAUGGUGGAAAAGUAGAGGUCCAGCUGCAGGAGGAAACCCUGGCAGCGGGCCGCUGUCCCGUCGUAUUCCCUCGGUCGAGAUAGAUGAAUACCACUGGGUGCUGGGGUGUGGGUGGCUGGAUCCGGUCGCUCAGCUGGUUCCGAAGGGUCGGGUCCUCUCCUCUCCAGGCGCUGGACGACCUGGAGAACCCAAUCCAUCGCUUCGCCCAAGCUGGCUAACAUGUUGGAAUGCUCCCGGACCCGCUCCACGACUCCAGGCAUAUUCCCUGCUCCUGCUGACUCAAUGCUGUUGGGUGUGUGAUUCUGUAACGGGUGAUUUGGACGAAGUCAGGCGUAGGAGGGUAAAUCACUGAAUAAAUGGUUUAUUCGGCAAAUACAGCGGUAUGCAGCAAUGCGUAAAACACUACAGUGCAGUAAAACGGUGCACUGGAGAAAACAAAGCACACAGGUGAAUAUUCCGGCGAUACAAAUGUAUAAAGCUCCACCGAGCUAUCGUCACCUCCACAAUAAACAAUCACACACAAAGACAUGGGGGGCAGAGGGAAUACUUAUACAGGUACUGAUGAGGGGAUAUGAAGGUGUGUGUAAAAACUAGACAAAACAAAUGGAAUGAUGAGAUGAGGAGCGGCAGUGGCUAGAAGGCCAGUGACGACGAACGCCGAAGCCUGCCCAAACAAGGAGUGGAGGCAGCUUCGGAGGAAGUCGUGACAAAAGGUUAACAUGUGUUGGGAAAAAUGAAUGCCCAAGUCAAGAAAGCUUACCAGCUGCCAGCAGCGCUUGCGAUGACAGGUAAGUUAACCGCGGGUGCUUUUUCUUAGCCUAUGUCAACAUUUGUUUAUUCUGUUGUUGCUAGUGAAAUUAAUAAAAUCCACUUUUAUUUUUAAGAGAUAUUUUCUCGGAUCCCCGUUUGAAGACCCCUGCCUUACACGCCUUAGGGUUAGCAUUAAGAUACUUAAACGAUCUGAAUUUUACAGUGCCCUCUGUGAAAUAAUGCACACUCUAGAAUGCCCUUCAAGUCAAUUAGAAAUGAGUAGAUUUAGCAACCAAUGUGUUUGUCUAGCAACCAGGCAAAUAGGACUAAUGACUGGAAUGUUUUUGUUGGAACAACUUCAUAGCUGUUAGUUAUUGACAUGCAUUACUGAGAAAAAACACACACUCUAGAAUCCCCUUCAAGUCAAUCAGAAAUGAGUAAUCAACAAUGCAGUGGCUUAAUCUAGUUUAUCAUUAUGUCUUUAUUAGAACUGCAUCGUACCUCUUCCAAUAUUCCAAUGUCCCAGACUGUUGACAGGUAAACCUUUUGUGUUUAUGUAAGCAUUUGCAUAAUGAGCAUACACACCCAUACAUUCCUCCCAGGGAGGGAGUUGUAAUCUGGGCACGCACAUGACGAUGACAAAUCAAUUAGCAUUCACGUCAGCUAAACCAUAAAAGCUGUAGCGAUGUAGCUAAUUGAAGAGGCAGUUGAACAUGGUAUCGUUUGAUAACUGGAUUAUGACAUCUCUCCCCCGCUUUUCUUGAUGAAACCAUCAACCUCAAUAAUAUGACACCCGUUUUCUUAUGAGUUGUAAGCUGCAUCAUACCCUUCAAGGUUCCACUUUAAUUUACAAUAUGUUAUUUACCUGCUUGUUACCUACAAAUGUCAUGCUGAAAUGGUAAUUACAUAAUAAUGUGAUGAUAAUUACUUUGUUAGUUUCUUUGUCAUUCACAAGCAUGAAUACUGUAUGUGGGCCUACCUUUUUGUGUCAGGUAUUAACCAAAAGGUAUUGAUGCAUCCACAUAGUGUAGAUUCUGCAUUCUAGAUUCUAUACAUAUCCACACUCACCUAGCAUACACAAAAGUGACGUUUCCAGUUUUUUCAUGUGGCAGGUCUAAGGCAGCCCAAUUCUGAUAUUUUUUCACUAAUUGGUGUUUUGACAAAUCAGAUCAGCUCUUUUGCCAAUAAUUUGGUAAAAUAUCAGAAUUGGACUGCCUGUGUAAACGCAGCCUAAUUAACUUUUAAUGGAUCUGAGAGACAAUGAAUGCUCGGUUUCCUUAACUGCAUAGAAAACCAACCCUGCGAUGCUAAAGUGAGUUUGUGUUUGUUUUUAGUCCAUGGGAGGCUGUUAAAUAUUCCUAAUUAUUAAUUGAUACAUUUAGUAUGUAUUAAAGAAAUGAAGCCUGUGAGCCGUAAGGUGCAUAAUGAUGUCAACUCACUGCAGAGUAAUGUUUGCACAUUUCAAUUGAUUAUUUUGUUCUUCUGUUUUCUAAAGGCUUAACGCCAGGGCUCAAUCUUUAGCCUAGGCUUUGAGCAUCUAUCUGGCUUUCUGUGUAAUACAACAUGGACUCCAUCUUAGCCCUCUCCCUUUAAAAAUUUCCCUUUUUUUAUUUGAUUCUCUCUGUGCUACUCUGUCCUUCCAUAGCCGAGGUCAAGAACUCAGUCAGGCUUGAAUCGAACAGGGGCAGGGGAAGUGUGGCCAGAUUUCAAAGCCUUCCCCGCCUCUCUCUCUCUCUCUAUCUUGCUCGCUAGCGCUACCCCAGAGACUCUAGUGGAAUGAGCCGAGCUCCGAGCUCUAUCGAUCUAUCUCGAUCGACCCUCUCUAUAUAUCUAUAUAGCUCUCUCUCUCUCUCUUCUCUCUCUCUCUCUCCUCUCCUCUCUCUCUCUCCCUCUCUCUCUUUCCCUGUUACCAUGAUUACAACAGAAAGGAAUUAGUGCCUGCUCUUUACACACAAAAACCAUGCUGUCAGGUUCACACACACACACACACCAGGCUAGCACACACUCACACACAAGCUAGCACACAUUCACAAAUGCUGGCAUACUCAUGAGCUGGCAUAUUCAUGAGGGAUUUAUAAUUUGUUAAGCAACUAACUUUCUGUCUACCCUGAAGGAUCCUCAAAAUUUACCCUGUUCUGGGUUUUUCGUCCUUUCCUUCUUUUUUGCUGAAUAAAGAAUGAAGUGUAUGUUUCUGGAACUUGAUUUAGCAUUCAAGGAAUUCCCUUUGAUGAAAAUCAGACUUUAAAGGAGAGGCUUCUGGCCUUUUGAACUUGCUGAUGAUUAGUCAUGAGUCUGUGACAAAGACACUAAUCUCAAUGUGAAGAGAAAAUGAGACUGAAAUUAACACUGGGUUUGAAUUUAUGAGAACCGUGUCAGCUUAGUAAUUUUAAGUGUACAGUGCACAUUUUUAAGUGUAUGUGUGUGUGAGUUUUUAACUGUGACUAUAUUUAUGAUAGAGCACAAUCCCUUGUACCUUACUGCUUAAGUAUUUCCAUGCAUAUUUGCCUGUUUCCCUUCCUCACUCCACAUAUUGAAUCUACUAUGUUUUCCUCCUCCAAUGCAGGCCACAGAUCCAGAUGCAGGGGCUAAUGGCCUGGUGCGCUACAAGAUAGUCAACCACCCAGGUCUUUUCAACAUCACCAAGAAUGGCAGCAUCUUCACCGUGGUGCCUCUGGACCGGGAGCUCAGAAGUCAGUAUGACCUUAUAGUGGAGGCCUCAGAUGGGGCGGUGGACCCCCGCAGGACCACCUUCACCCUCUCUGUCCAGGUGACAGACAUCGAUGACAACAGCCCAGAGUUCUCCCAGAAGACCUACGUGGUCAAUGUCCCAGAGAACAGCCCUGUUGGUACCGUGGUGCUGCGCCUCAGUGUAAGUGUGUGUGUGUGUGUGUGUGUUUGUUUGUGUGUGCGUGUGCGUGUGCAUGUGCCUUCAUGUGUGUCCUACAACUACACUGAGUAUGUGUGUGAUCAGUGAGCAUUGUGGUUCUGAGACUGUGUAAGUGUGGAUGUGGGGGAGGGGAUCUGUGGUUUCUGUCCUUCUCUCUGCCAGGCCUUGCACAGAGCAGUAAGGGCUUCAAACAGCUUGACUAUUAAAUGCACCCUUUAACAUCCUUUAACUUCAAAGUGUCUCCAGCUAUCAGGUGAUUUGGCCUCCAUUUCAACUGCCAUAAGCUUCCAGGCUCUUUAGUGUUUCACAUGCGCAACGGAGGGCAAAACACUUAUAUUUUACUAUCUGAGGAGUCUGGUCUGUGAGAACUCUCUGGGUGUCUUAGGUAUCAAAUGGAGUAAGACUAAAGCCAGUUCCUCAUUAAUGCUCAGAAUCAAGCUGAAGGGGUAAACAAACAAAAAAGCAUCCUUCUCUUGACAAACGAUAAUGUAAUGCUUGAAAAACCUGAGCGCUUUGGAACUUGAUGGAUGGUGUCUCAGGUAGAUUCGGCACUGCAAGUAAGGCUGCACGAUUUGGACAAAACAGAUAUUGCGACUAUGAAUUGCGAUUUUCAAACACUUGAGUGAAAACUAUGUGUCAGGGUAAAGAACAUCACUUCUAAAAUGAGAUCAUAUGAAUUAAUACAUACUGUGCUAACUGAAUACAAAACCAAUUUUGUUAUACUUAUAUAUAGGAUUAUUACACCUGCAUAUUAACAAACAUUCAUUUUUAACAUGAUCAUCAAAAUAUAGCGUUCUAUAAGCGCAGCAAUUAAUUAUUAUACCAUGGCAUUGUUGAAUACUUGUUUCUGAUUGGCUUGAAGGGCGUUCUAGAAUCUGCAUUAUUUCCCUAUAAUGCAUGGUAUAUUUGUACCGUAGAAUUCAAUGGCUAUAGUUAAUUCUUACAUGUUCUAUGUUUGUGCUGCUUUUGAAAGCAAAAGUCGAAUUGAAAACAUUAUUGGCAUUGUUGAAUUAGAUUUUCAUAAUGGCAAGCUAGUGGUGAUGGUUUGUUAGCUAAACUAGCAAGUCUAUUUGGUUAGUUACCAUGGUUACUACUGUAGUUAUCUAGUAAACGUGUUAGCUACUUUAGUGGAUGUUGAACACAUUUAUACCGGCAAAUUAACACAUUUCUAGCACCAACGUGUUAAAUUAUAGCCAUGGUAUAAAAGGGAUAAUCAAAUCGGGGCUCUAUACAUUCUCUGGAAAAUAAUGCAACUCCGUGGAAGGUCAGUUCCACUCCGCACAUCUUCCACGUCGUUCAUUAUUUUCCAUAGUUGAUUAUCCCUUACAUAACAUUAUGAGUUCAUAUUUCCUAUUUUACCAUUAUGAGUUCUUAAAUGACCUAAGUUAAAUAUGUAUUAAUGCAUCCAUAGGCCAUUUCAAUUAUAAUUCAAAGUGCCUUAAAAACAUGUAACACGUAGCCUACCGAUUGCAAGGUGCAGUCUGUGUCCAAAGCAUUGGAGUCUGGUCCAGUCAUUCAACACCAUGGCCUUUACUACGUUUGCACCGUUAUCGUUACUUGCUGAACCUCAUUCAGGACCCAGGCAGCUAAAACUUCACACAACCCCAGAGCAAUGUUUUCUCUGUGUGAUCUUCGGGCCUAUGAUGUUUGCAAGCACCGACCUUUCAGUUGAAACGUCUCAUCAAUAUAGUGUACUGUCAAACGAAUGUAGGGCUCGGUUGGUUUACUACCAAAGGUCUGUUGUAGUCAUUUAAUAAUCAACAUGUGUGAGCUCUGUUUCAACUUCUCCCAUAAUUUUGUUAUACAGUGCUGGGAUAGCAACUUGGGAGAAUUAUGUGCGAGAUGGAAUCUUGUAUAUCCUGUCCAGCUUGUUUAUCAUCUUCUUGAAGCCAUCUUUGCUGACUGUGCAAAUAGGAAUCAUGUAUUUAGCUAUGUGAUAGAUAGAUGAUGUCUAUGUGUCUGCAGGAUGUUUUUUCAUUAGCACUAGCAGCACUAGCAGCACUCAGCCCUUUCUCUCCUCACCAGCAUCUAACUGUGCGCUCUAAGCGGGGACGCUUGUGAUUGGCAAGCAUGUGCAUGCCAUGCAGAGCGUGAGAGUGCCCGCUUGUGAUUGGUCAGCAUCUUCUGUGCAUGUAGAAAGUGAAUGAACGGAUUCUAGCGCAUCUAAUUGGAGGAGUGACCGCAGUCUAGUUUUUGUUGUAUUCAUUGAGCGUCAAAUAAAAGAGAUAAUCGCAGCCUCUUGCGAUAUGGAAAUUGCACUUUCGAUCAAAAUUUGAUUAAUUGUGCAGCCCUACUGUCAAGCAUAUCCACGUGUUGUUUGUGCUGAGGAAGAGAACCAUGGGAAUACACCAGCGAGCACCAAAGCAAAGGCAGAGCAGAGGGGAAGUAAUUGUCUGCAUAUUGUGAGUGACAUUAUCACUCAACUCACAAGGGAAUAAUGCAAGGGAGGGGGGAGUGGAUGAGUGACUGACACAUGCAACCGUGACAACACUAAUCUCCCAAGAAACGAACAACAUCUUCAGCCAGAGCAGGAGCAGACAGGGAUGGGGUUGGUGGUGGGAGUGACACCUGUCUGUAAAGAAGGCCCAUUGAUAGACAGCAUCGCAGGCAGAUGAAUCUCUGAUCCCCGCCUCUCUCCUCUGGAGGGAUUGUAUGUGUUCUGUUUUCUAUUUAUUUAUAAAUGUAUUUUAUCUUUUUAUAUUGUUGUAUAUUGUUACUUCUGUCACAUCUGUACAUCAAAGCCUUCCACCUGAAAGAUUCUCACUCCCACAGAUCGCAUUUACUUUUUAUUUUCAGUUGUCGGUUGGAUAUCUUUUCUAAUCAGGUUUUUUGCUGUCUUUGUGUGUUUGUGUGUGUGUGUGUGUGUGUGUUUGUGUACAUGCAUUUCUAUAAUCAUCUCUCUCUGCCCUCUCUAGAGGGAAAGGCUCUAGAGAGAGCGAGAGAGAGAGAGAGAGAGAGAGAGCGCGUCUCUAGACGAGAGAAGCGGCGAGUAGAGCGCGCGCGAUAGCUACGAGUAGCAUGAGAUAGAUGCUUAUCUAUAUGCUAUCUGUCUCUAUCUAGCUCUCUCUAUCUCUAUCUCUCAUCUCGCUCCCUCUCCCUCUCUCUCUCUCUCUCUCUCUCACUCUCUCUCUCUCUCUUUCUCGCUUAUCCCUCUCUCUCCCUCUGUCCCAGGCCGUGGAUGCAGACCUGUUCUCUAAUGUAACGUACCGUAUCAAAUCUGCGGAGGCCAGGAAGCUUUUCUCUGUGAACCCGAUUUCAGGCGAUCUGUCGGUCCUGCAGACGCUGGACUUUGAGGACCUGGCUAGUAUGGGCAUGGGGACCAACUAUACCUUC